AGGGCGUUCAGGCAGUUUGUAGUCCAACCUUCGUUGUUUCAUUUAUAGUGUGCCGCUCCACAUGUAAAGAAGGAGACGUACAACAAACACUUAUUUGUCAGCCAUUGAGAGGCACUUCUGUGGGAGAAGAAGAGCACAGCGUGACACUUUGGCUGUCUGUAGAAAAAGAAAAACGGGGGGGGGGGGGCUGAUGCAGAAGAACACCAGGAGAAGAAGUCAGAUACAUUCCAAGUAACCAUGGCAGCCGAGGUCAUCCGACCGAGUCCCUUCUUCCUGUUUGUGUUGACUUUGACAAUCGCGUUGGAGCUCCGUGGGACCGGGUGUUGUCAGAUUGGUUCAGGGUCCGAGUGUGACAAAGCUCCUCUUGUCCCGGGCCACAACCUGGCCGGGGAAGGUUUUGAUGUGGUGCGGAUGCGUCGGACAGGAGCAUACGUCAUCAACGUCAAAGCCCAGCCCACUGACAACCAUACCUGCACACUUUGUACCAACCGCUUCCAAAAAGGACAGAUUCAGCGGCUCCCAGCUGCAGUGUUGGACUGGCGUCCAUUCAGCCGCUGCAGCAAGCAGCUGUCCAGUGCCCUCCACCACUCUGUGGACUCCCUGCUGCGGAGCUCCAACUCCCUAGUCAACAACAACUGGGGUCUGGGACUCAGUCUGGAUGACAUAGGCAGGGGAGUAAUGGGAGGCAGCCGCUCAGACAUGGCCAACUUCGCCCGUUCACAGCACAGUUUGGACAAGGCCACCUUCGCUAUUCAUGAAAUCAGCUGCACCUACUACAGCUACAGACUGGCUGACCACCCACAGCUCAGUGCAGAAUUCACCAAGCAUCUGAAGAGACUCCCACGGAGCAUCGAUACGCGUCACAGCAAAGCGCUGUACCGACGGCUCAUAGACACCUAUGGGACACACUACAUACACCAGAUCCAGCUUGGUGGUAAGGUGAGGCGAGUCACUGCCUUCAGAACUUGCCUGGCAACGUUGAAGGGCUUUUCUGAGACAAACAUCAAACAGUGUCUCAACGUCGAACUUCGGAUGGCACUGGGCUUCCUCCCUGUCAAUGCAUCCUUCUCCAGCAAAUGUGAUAAUCUCAUAAAGGGCAAUAUGAGCAUGGGCUUCUAUCAAGGAUUCAUGACCCAUAAGAUCGAGGUGAUCGGAGGAGAGAGGUAUUUCCCGGAUAUCCUCAAUCAGAAGGAUCCAUCUGAGGCAUACCACAGCUGGAUGAACAGCCUCCAUGAAAACCCGGAUAUAGUUUCCUAUGGUAUUUUCCCUCUACAUCAUCUGGUGGAAGACCAAGAUAUCAGUGAUAAUCUGAGGGUGACUGUCACAGAGUACAUUAAGGAGAACCAGCUUCAGGAGGACCAGAUUCGUUUUAAGAACUGUUCCCCGACCCCCAAUCUGGACCACAACUGUUGUCCUCUGCGGGCUGGCAGAGGAACUCUCCAGCUCAAGAUCCACAGAGCCAUAGGUCUUAAGGCAGAUACGUUCACGAAAACGGAUGCGUACGUGAAGGUCUUCUUUAAUGGGUUAUACGAGGAGACAGAGACAAUAAUGGAUGACAAUGACCCGGUAUGGAACGUGACUUAUGACUUUGGCUCAGUGGAGCUUGGUCACCAGCUGAACUUUGAGGUAUGGGACAUUGAUGUGAUUUACAAUGAUGCCAUCGGAAGAUGUUUAGUCAUCCCCGAGCGAGGAACCCACUCGCUAAGCUGUCAGCUGAACAAAGGUAUUCUUUAUUUCACUUACACCGUGAUAUGUGACCCCCACCUAACGGGCCAUAGGUGUGGACGAUACUCCCCCAGUGUUGAGUAAUUACUGUAUUAGGAUGCAUUCUUGUUUGUGUUUACACGAUUGUAUUAGGUGUUCAUUGGAUUAGUACUGAUUAAAAUAACUAUUACAUUAGGGUGACCUUCACGCCCAGCAGUCAAUUGCAUAAAUUAUAGGGGACUUUUUUUUUCUGUCAGCUUCCCCCACCAAUCCCCCUAUAAAUCUAAUAAACUGAUGAACUCAUAUAAAACAAGUGGAAUGCUACCAUAAUUUUACCAGUUUUGAGUUAUCAGUAGAUUUUUCCCAUUUUCGAAACAGAGACUUGAGAAUAUUUGAUCCACAGUGGGACACUUAAGUCAUGAUGCCUCGUGAAAGUGUUAAUGAUUGUAAAUUUAGGCUCCAUGUUUCAUAUCCCACUAAAUAAAAAACAAACUGUAUAUAUGUAAUUGUGGUGGAGUGGGGUGUAGACUAGCUGUCCUGAGUUAGUUUAAUGAAUUUAGAGCAGAUAAACUGACCCCACACCCCACCCAGAGACUGGGAAAGAGCUGAAAGCUGCAGGGACUUGGAUCGCCUUAGCUCUUUCCCCAACAGACAGACAGUCUGGUUGUCUUAAUUGAGUUUAAUCAAGUGUUUCUAGUCUUUGUAUUUCAAUAAAUGGGCUGUUGUGCAUUCCGCUUCCACCUUGGUCUGUAUGUAUCUCUGUGACGGAUAGCCCCAGCUGUGGCAUAGAUUUGCCACAAUGAUAUUCAGGCACAAUGAACAAGUACAUAUGUUUAGUAAUUCUUACUAUCUACUCCAAAGAAAAAAGAAAAUCAAAACAUUGUACAAA